AUGCACCCACAGGGUUCUCAACACACGAGUUCCUCUGGCUCUGGUCAGACAUCGAGCUCCCAGUCCGGGCACUACCACCCAAACGAGCCUCGUAAGCCAUAUGGACCGAGGUACCAACCACCCACGAAUCCAACCUCCUGUGACAGCAGUGUGGCGGGAUUGACCAAUAUUUUCGGUCGACUCAGUGUGCAAAACCAUCGCUCCAAGUUUGGUGGUUCAAAGAAUACUGCGACGGCUCAAAUGAACACUAACAUGGACUGGUCAAAUGCCAACCGUGCUUACAACAGCCCUUUCAUCCUGCUCCCCAACUCGACCGUCUUCAAUGGUGUUUCGACCGUCCCUUCAUUUGUUUCCAACACUGUCACUGGUCAGAAUGAUCACAUGGGUCAAUUAUCCUACGUUCCAACUGGAGUUUAUCCGAAUGUCACUGGCAUGGUGGCUGCUGGGUAUUCUCCGUGGCCAUAUAUGAUGAAUUACGAAGUGCAAGAUGGGACGAACAACAAGCACGCUAGUUGGAACAUGGCAGACGCACAGAAGGGAGGUCAAACAGAGAAUGCUGGUCAAAUUCAAUACUACUCUUCUACUUAUGUUCCCACCGUGGAUGGUGGUUCUAUGCCAGGCUACUCUUAUGGGGGCAUCAUUCCCCAGCUUGGGUCGCUUUCACUCCCUCUUCAAAUGAUGAAGACCCCAAAUGGAUAUGUUGUUCAAGAUCUGGAGGCAAUCACUCAGCAAGAUCCUGCCAUUCCACGCGCGGUGCCCGCCAUGUGGACCAAUCCUUCCGAACUGACGCUCGCCAAGUGCCUGGAGAACCGCGAGGGCAUUACCAAUGUCUACAUCCGAGGAUUCUUGCCGGAAACCACUGAUGAGAUGCUGCAUUCUUACGCCGCUCGUUUCGGAAAGAUUGAGCGCUGCAAAGCCAUUGUCGACCUGGACACCAGUCUUUGCAAAGGCUUCGGUUUCGUUCAAUAUUACAGCUUUGAGUCCUGUGAGAACUGCAUCCGUGGUUUCUUUUAUCUCGGAUACCAAGCCAGCUUUGCUCAAAAGUCUCGCAACUCUCGCCUGAAAGAUCUUGAGGAUAGAUCUUCAACCAAUAUAUACUGUACCAACAUUCCGAUCGACUGGACCGAAGCUGUAUGUCGCAUUUCUAUCACUCCCAUGGUUCAAUACUCAUUGUUUUAUCAGGACCUUCGGCGUCAUUUCGAGCCAUGGCCAGUUGUUUCUGAGAAGAUCAGCCGGGAUGAGAAGACCGGUGUGAGCAAGGAAGUGGGCUUCGCGCGCUUCGAGAACCGCGAAGUCGCCGAGAAGGUUCUGAUGGAAUUCCACAACACCACCAAGGAGAAUGGAGUGAAGCUCUUGCUGCGCUUUGCUGACACCAAAGCCCAGAAGAUUCUGAAGCAACAGAGCAAUGAACGUCGGGCUUACCGUGCUGGAGAGUACAACUAUUCGGUGGAGGUAGUGCAAGGAUCGACUCCGUCGCCUUCGAUGCGACGUGGUAAUCAACUUACCCCAAACUCCCAAGCGAGCUACACCUCUCCAGCUGGAGUCGGCUCUGACUGGACGCCAGCCACUACUAUCUCCCCAUGCCACCCACACAUGACAAAAUCAUCCAGCAGUGCGCGAAACAGUUCCUUGUCGUCUCGGAGCCUCAAUGCUCUCGACAACGUCCCUCCCUCUCGUUCCCGAGCCCUCUCUCUUGGGGGUCGCUCCUAUACUGAUCUCUCCGGUGGCUCCUCAAAGACUAUCAUCCCGGGAACCUCCAUUGAGACUUGCUCCUACUCUUCAACUCCUCACAAGGAGAAUAUUCGAGCCAGCUCUGUGUCCCCUGAAUCGUCUCCCAUGAUCAUUCUAUCUCCUGUCCGUUCGUGUGCCUGA